CCUCCUGUUCCGAUGGAGCGGCCAUGGGAGCCGGAGAGCCGAUGCGGGCGUGGCUUGGGGCCAGGGCGGCCCAUAUAAAGCUGCAACAUUGCCGUCAUCGUCGCCACCAUCACCAUCACCAUCGCCAUCACCAUCGCCAUCGCCAUUGGCAUCACCAUUGGCAUCCCCCUUCGCUGCAGGACCGCCUCCCGCGCCGCCAUGUCGUCGACCAAGGAUUUACUGCGUAUCUACAGCAAGUACAACGUCUGGGCGUAUCGCCGCCUGCUGGUGGCCGUCGAGCAGCUCUCUGACCAGGCAUACCACUCCAAUACGGGCCUGGCCUUCCGGUCCAUCCACGGCACACUCAACCAUUUGUAUCUGGGCGAUCAGCUCUGGAUCAAGCGCUUCAAAAACGACACCAACGGCAUCGCGUCCAUCUCGAGCUUCUGGACCGAGGCCGAGGUCUACUCCAAGCCGGGCGAUGCUGAGUGCUACUGGGAAAAGUAUAUCACCGACCGCAAGGUGUUGGCAGCGUCGAUCUUGACCCAGGUAGGAGUGCAAUCUUGUCCUGGCCGUUCGAGCGGCAGGGCCAUUUCCUGGACGAUCAUGGGGGCGAGACUGGGAGGGCUCGCCUUGCGACAAGCAGCAACCGGUACUGACGCAUGUGCCGCCCAUGGUGCCGAUACAGGCCAAGGAGUACGACGAGUUCAUUGCCGCUCUUGAUGCCUCGACCGACUUUUCGGACACCUUCAGUCACCACGACUCGCAUGGGAUUCUUCGACAGCGCCCCCUGGGCAAAACCCUGCUGCACGUCGUCAACCAUGCGACCCACCAUCGGGGCCAGAUCUCUGCCGCCGUGACAGCCUUGGGCGGCCGGCCUCCGAUCAUGGAUUUGGCGUAUUUUGACGAGUCGCAGGAGUAGACUGGA